AUGAAUACCAGCAACUCGCAGCAGCCCUCGCAUGACGCUGAACGGCCAUUUGCCGGACUCGAAAUCGAUGACUACGAGGAAGUGAUGAACACCAAGGCGCGACUCGACAAAGCACGUCAAGAGGUGGACAAAAGAUACGAGGCUUUGUCAAAGUGUCAUCUCGAUAAUAUGACCUACGCAAAGGCACAGCUCGAUCACGCACGCCAGAAAGAGAAGGAUUGCUUCGAGGAUUUGGAGUGGGAACACAAUCAGCUUGUCAAAGUCGUGUCGCUGUUCGUUCGACCUGAGGCUGGCGCUAGCACUCGUGGCACUGAAGAGCUUGGGGACGACACCGACACAUCAUCGCUUGGUCUGCUUCCGGGACCAAGGCGGAAAAUACGGCCACCCACCAGGGCUCGUACUACUCGUCCAGUAUCGCAAGUUGGCCGGCGAACCCAAGCGGCUGGUAAACAUGCAGCAGCACGAGGCUCGUCGAGAUCUCUUGGUUACCCAUCGUUUCUGCCAGGUCCGACUCUUGGCUUGCGCGCAAGAAACGAUGCUCGACUCAAAGCCCUCAUUGAGACCGUAGCUACGGGCAAAGCAUCUCAGGACCAGAAAAAUGUCUUUCAGACAAUCGUAGACGGUAUAAAUGUCAAAAACUUCCGGAACGGGUUCAUUCGCAAUGAGGCUCUUCACAGUGGACAUGGUUCUGACCCAGCUUUUCUCGCUGUCAUCUGCCUUCAAUUCUGUCAAACGGAUUCCGAUUAA